UCAGCAAGUGUGCCCAUGCAUGAUCAUUUCCUGUCAGUAAUGGAGCCCGGAGGAAGCUACUAGCGUUAGCUAGCUGCUUCUAAUGGUGCUGAAGUAGCUGUAACAAGACAAAACGUGGCUAAAUUUUCACAAAAUAACUCUGAGAGAAAGAGAGUACGUUCACUCGCCGUUCUCAACGUUUUCCCAUUCAGCCAGUAGGUAGACAAACGUAAAGUAGCGUUAGCUGCUAAUUUAGCACCAAAACAGCCUGCUGGCACCAACUUUCCCGGAUGUGGAGGAAAUACAGAGGUUUAAUGUACAGUUAAAGAAGAGGCACUUUUCAUCACUUGGUAAAGUAGCCUACUGGACGUCUGGCUUGGCAUCAAUGGUGACAGACUGAACUUUGGUAAUAUUCACCUGAGAGAAAACUGGCUGAUGAAUAAUUGGACUAUGAAAUAUUAUCAUUGAAGACAUCAAAGAGACUUGAGAGCUCAGGGUCAGUUACAGAGCAGCACCACUGGACCUGCAGGAAAAGAGACAGAUGCAAGCUGGGAUUCCUGCAUAUGAGGAAUUUGCUGUGGUUCCACAUAAUCUGGGUGCAUUGACCAAGAUAGUGGCUCCCUUUUGGGCCUCGGUCAUCAUAAAGUCACCACUUAAAAUUUCUGAACUGGGGGACUGGUCAUGGACGUUUUUCAACAGGUACCAUUGAGAUCCACUUGAGCAAGGCACUCCAGCUGCCCAAGUGGAUCUGCUUAGUGGCCAGCAGUUAGGACUGGAGACUGGACAGCUUCCAGACUGAAUGAGAAGCAGAGAGCUGAGAGAGAAACCGGUGUGCUCAUUUGGGUUUUGGCUGGUUACAAGUUCACCUUCACUACCUCCAUUUCCCAUCUACCUCACGGCCAGGGUGGCAGAGCAGAUUAGUGGUUAGUGAGACCAUCCCAUUACUGUAAGGUUACAGAUUCAAUCUCCGAAGCAGACUGUGUGCACACCAGCAGCCUGAGUCCUGUCAACCUGUCCUUGAACAGGAUGCUGAACAUACACCCGUGCAGUAAUUUGAAGUUUCUCUGGAUACUGUAUCUGGAACCAGCAACAAAUAACUGCUCAAACACUGCCCUUUCAUUUUUCCUCAAGGCAGUGGAAAACUUUGGCUGGCCUUCCAGGGUCAGGGGCGAUGAAGGCGUUGAAAAUGUCGCAAUUGCUGAAACCAUGUUUAGUGUUAAAGGCACCGGAAGAGGGAGCUUCAUCGCUGGGCGAAGCGUACACAAUCAAAGGAUUGAGCGCCUAUGGCGAGAUGUCUGGACCUGUGUCACUCAUCUGUACUAUGAAGUUCUUCACAGUCUAGAAGAAGAUGGCCUGUUGGAUUUGUCAGAUGCUGUCCAUCUGUUUUGUGCCCAUUAUGUGUUCCUUCCGCGUCUGGCAGAGGCCCUUCACACCUUCACAGAAGGCUGGGACAACCAUCCCUUACGAUCUGAAGGUGGACUCACCCCUAACCAACUCUGGGUUAUGGGUCACAUGCAGAAUCCUUGUGAUGCAGAUGAAGAUGUGCAGAACAUGGAGCUGUUUGGAACUGACUGGGAGAUGUUUGAAAGUGUGCCUGAAGAACCUUAUGGAGUUGAAGUCCCAGAAAUUGAGUGCCCGCUGACUCCAGCAAGUAUGGAAACUGUACAGUCCAUGAUCGAUCCCUGUGCAUCGUCAGAAUCAUUUGGCAGAGACAUUUAUAUAUCAAUGGUUCAGUGCAUUGAAAGUCUAUGUUUGACACAAAGAAACAUCUAAGAUAUCAUCAGUCCUUGCAAACGAUUUAAUGGAAUGAAGUUGAACAUUUGCAAACAGACUGCCAGUUACAAAAGGUUUGCUGUGACAUUACUUCAUUUUAUCAUUCAUCAUUCAUUUU